AUGGACAAAAAAGACUACCACAACAAAGUCAACACCUUACUGUCCGACGCCCAAGUCUACAAAAAACUAAAACGCGAUCCAACCACUAGCGUAGAGAAGAAAACCUCCCUGAUCAAAAAGGCGAACCUCCCUCCGCUAACCACGAAAUACCUGACCUCCAGCGACAGCUCAGCACCCAGACUAUAUGGCCUCCCGAAGAUCCACAAAGAAUCAGUCCCCCUACGGCCUAUCGUCAGCAACAUCGGGGGCCCCACCUACCAACUAGCCCGCUACCUCACCAAACCCCUCCAAAAACUUACCGGCCUCAACGACUCCCACAUCAGGAACUCAAUGGACUUCGUGAACAGAAUAACCAAGAUAAAAACCAAGCCCAACGACAUCCUGGUAAGCUUCGACGUGGUUUCCCUGUUCACCAACGUCCCAGUCCAAGACACUGUGGACAUCAUCAGAACCUCCAAAGAGAUUCCAUCCACCCUGUUCCCAUUAAUAGAACACUGCCUCAACUCCACCUAUUUCCGGUGCGAAGGAGAAUUCUACGAACAAACCACGGGAACAGCAAUGGGAUCCCCGAUAUCACCCAUUAUCGCAAACAUCUUUAUGGAACACUUCGAGAAUGAAAUCCUGAAGAAGGCCCCACUUAAACCCUCCACAUGGUUCCGGUACGUGGACGACACCUUCGUCAUCUGGAACCACGGAAGGGAAACUCUACCUCAUUUCCUCACUUUCAUUAACUCCCAACAUCCCAACAUCCAAUUCACAAUGGAGACCGAACAGAAUUCCCAAAUCCCCUUCCUGGAUGUCCUGGUCCGUAGGAACGAAGACGGCACCCUAAGCCACAACGUCUACCGCAAACCAACACACACGGACCGAUACUUCCACGCAAACUCCCACCAUCACCCCGCCCAAAAGAAUUCGGUAAUCAGCUCUCUAGUCCACAGAGCACUCUCCAUCUCGGAACCAGCCGCCCUGAACGGAGAGCUAAACCACCUUCACCGAACCCUGACCAGGAACGGAUACAGCAGCAGAAACAUCAACCGUUCCAUCAAGAAGCUGACCAACAAGGAAUCCGGCCAGAGCAACAACACGACGCCAGAGACAGAGAAAGAGAAGAUUAAGGCA